GGACUGGGGUCAGGACAGGAUGAUGUCUUCUGAGUUGUAGAUCCCGGAUGCCACCCUGUUAACCUGGUGUAUGAUUUUCGAUAAAAUCUGGAAUUCAUUUGUCCUUUAGUGGUUGCAGGUCCUCAGGCAUCAAUGCAGCACUACACCAGAGGUGUCAACAUUUAUGGUUUAGCCAGAGCAUUUCUAAUGUUUGACCUGCUGCUAAAGCAAUCCAGGAGACCCCUGAAAACUACACGACUGUGUUUCCAGCCAAACCAGUGGAUAAAUAAAAUUCACCUGGUGGAAAGGCUAAUGCACUUGAAGGGAAUGAGCAUCGAACACAAAAUAUAUUCAUUUCAGGUAGCGAUUAUGUUCACAUCACACCAACGUUCCAAAAACAUGUAAAAUGUCAUACAGUAACAUCAACUGUUCAGACUGUUGAAUCGGACAGUUCAGACCCAUCCGGCAGGAACUUUUGGUGCUUCCGUUUUAAAUGUUCAUGCAUCAUUGAUGUGCUGCUAUGAAAGGCAUCACUUCUUUGCACGUGCUAUGCUGGACCGUGCUUGUAGACUUUUGACUGGAGCUUAAACGCCUCUCUUCGUCGAUGCCGUCGUUCAGAGCUUGUGUGUGUGAUGUGUGAUUUCAUCCAUGGUGGUGUAGGAGAGAAGAGAGCCUGGCGUACCCUUGUGUUUUCUCUCGAUCACGCAUUUAAGGGUCAGGAAUCUGCUUUAGUUCAUGUCUUUCUGCGUUUGAUUUGACUGUUCCGCUUGGCUUCUUGUUCUAUGUCACGUCUUUUGAAAACAAAACUGCCUCAGAAGCUUUACUCAGUCAUUCCUGCUUUCUUCUCUAACACUCACUCCAUUCACAAGUGUUUUUUUUUUUUUUAUGUUACAUUGGAGAUGCUGCUGUCAAUAACUAUCCAAUCUGACAUGCAUACAGUUCUGAUCAGCAGAGAACAGGACUAGCAAAACUGUUGCUUUUAGUUAUGAUCAAAUCGUAGAUGUUAAGAGAUGUAAAAAAAAAUUUUUUUUAAUCUACUGUGCAUAAGGGGAAGCCAUGGCCUAAUGGUUAGAGAAACAGCUUUGGGACCAAAAGGUUGCUGGUUCGAUUCUCUGGAUCAGCAAGAUUGGCUUAAGUGCCCUUGAGCAAGGCACCUAACCCCCAACCGCUCCGGCAAGAGUGGUGGCGUACCUUGUGUCUGAUUAGCCAGAGAAAAACUGAUGAUGCGAUUAUCAGUUCGGGCAUUGAACCCGACCAACUGAACUGUGGGUGGAUUGAUUGAUUGAUUGAUUGAUUGAUUGCUUUAUUCCGAACAGUAAAGAAGAUAUAAAAACAAACAAAAAAUAAUUAAAACAUUGUCAUAAACAGAAUAGCGUAGCCACAAGGCAAUAACAUAAUAAUGUUUGGAAAGGAUUAGGAAGAAGUAAAUAACUUAUCAAAUCCUAACCCUCUAUACCACCGUUAAUCAAACGUCACUUUCCACCAUAAUAAACUAUAUAUUAAAUAUUUAAUAGAUAAAUGCUGAUUGACGUGUUUUUUUUUUUUCCUCUAAUCACAGUGAAGAAACAUAUUUUUGAUUUUGUGUCUACAUGCACCCACACACACCAGUGUUGUAGUCGAGUCACUAAACCUCGAGUCCCCAGUAUUCGUCAUUUAAAGAAAAUUUCAAGUCAAGUCCGAGAACAAGACUCCGACCGAACCGUUUGACGGUGGCCGUUGCUGCCUUUAUGUGAAAGCAUCUCUGCUACGGUGUUGGACUACCGUUACUGCUCGACUGCCCCAUUUUAGUUAACAGGCUACAGAUUUAAAAAAAAAAACUUGUUCAUCGCUCAGCAAGCCCCGCCCACUAUCAACAGGGCAAAUCACAUGAGAGAGGAUUCACACUCGCUAGUUCAUCAGUCAGCAAGCAAGCUCCACUAUGAGCACAGCGUGUCACUUCCUUCUCUGGGUGGAGUCUUGCCAAAUGACUAUUGAAGUUCAAGGUUGUCCCCGUCGUCUCCUCGAUAGUUCUUCUACAUAUGGAACACACAGCAGUGCAACCCCCCCACCCCUACCCCACUGCACGGGAAGUCUGUAUAAGCAAAGCAGACAAUCCUAGGGGCUUCUCUCCAGGCAUUUUAGCUCCAUUAACGUUAGUUUGUUCCUGAACGUGAUGUAUGAACAGGUGAAUGUGCGUUCUCUUUGUCAGGGAGUGUGACGUAUUCUGUCAGAGAUGGUUAGGAGACGGAUGUAAGUGCAGAAAGUGUGUUUUAUUAAUACAAGUGAAGACGGUAAACAAUCCAGAAUGGCAAGCAAAAUCGUAAAACAGUGAAACAGCCAAUAGGUCGAGUGAGACACAAACAGGCUAUAAUAGACGAGAAACAAGAAAACAAACGAGGAAGGAAAUACGGCUCGGUAAUGUGUCAGCAACGCAGCUCGAUACUUCGCAAGCAAAUGGUGAUGAGCCUGCGUGUCUCUGAACUGCAAGUACUCCUAGGAUACGCAGGUCGCAAUAAGCACGGGAGAAAGCACGAACUAUUGACCAAAGCACUCCACUUGUUGAAGGCUGGUUGCAGCCCCGCUGUACAGAUGAAGAUCAAGGAGCUGUACCGCCGCCGCUUCCCCACAAAAAUGGUGUCCCCAACAGACCUCUCUCUCCCUGGGGUCCACCCCACAACAGGUGUAGCGUCUGCAGGUUUGCCUGCCGGCCUCACCCAACUCGGGUUUGACAGCCAUGGCGCUCCUUCGCCUCUGUUGCCUGUCUCUCUCCUGGGGCCCAAGCACGAGCUGGGACUUCCACACCUUCCUUCUGCCCUGCAUCCUGUCCAUCCAGACGUCAAGCUUCAGAGGCUUCCUUUCUACGACGUGCUGGAUGAACUGAUCAAGCCCACCAGCCUGGUUCUUCCUUACUAUAAGCAGAUUAAAUUGACCUCAGACAACAAUCAGAGGUUUCAGGAAACAUGCUUUGCAUUUGCAUUGACACCACAGCAAGUCCAACAGAUCAGCACUUCAAUGGACCUCUCUGGGACCAAAUGUGACUUUUCAGUACAAGUUCAGUUAAGGUUUUGCUUAUCAGAGACGAGUUGUCCUCAGGAAGACCAUUUCCCACCGAACCUCUGUGUGAAAGUGAACGGAAAGCCCUGUAACCUCCCUGGCUAUCUUCCUCCAACUAAAAAUGGAGUCGAGCCAAAAAGACCAAGCAGACCCAUCAAUAUUACCUCUCUGGUCCGUUUAUCCACAACAGUCCCCAACACUAUUGUGGUGUCUUGGACAUCAGAAAUCGGCAGGAGUUAUUCCAUGGCAGUGUACCUCGUCCGACAGCAGUCCUCUUCAGUAUUAUUACAGAGACUACGGUCGAAAGGCAUCAGGAACCCAGACCACUCUAGAGCACUCAUCAAAGAGAAGUUGACGGCUGACCCUGACAGUGAGAUCGCUACCACUAGUCUGAGAGUCUCCCUUCUCUGUCCGCUGGGGAAGAUGCGACUGAUGGUUCCGUGCCGAGCGCUGACCUGCUCACACCUGCAGUGCUUCGACGCUACGCUCUAUAUCCAAAUGAACGAGAAAAAACCCACCUGGGUGUGUCCAGUCUGUGACAAGAAGGCCCCGUAUGAGCACCUCAUCAUCGACGGGUUGUUCAUGGAGAUCCUAAACAGCUGUGUAGACUGCGACGAGAUCCAGUUUAAGGAAGAUGGUAGCUGGGCACCUAUGAUAUCCAAAAAAGUGGUGCAGGAGGUGACUGCUUCCUCCAACGGCUUAGAAGGUUCAUGUCGACCAGUGCUAUCUGAGCACAAAAACAGUUCAUCCCACACCAGCAGCAGCAACAAUAAAAAAGUGGAAGUGAUUGAUCUUACACUGGACAGCUCCUCGGAGGAAGAGGAGGAGGAGGAGGAUGAUGAUGAUGAUGACGAGCCUCCCCCUAAACGAGCCCGUCAAUCUCUUUCACCCACCUCACCACCAGUCACUAAAGGGGUGUUGAAUCUUCACCAUCAGGCAUCGCCAGUGACACGUGCGCCGAGCAUGCCAGCAGUGGAGACGAACUACAUUCCCCCUCCACCGCCGCUCAUUCAGGACUACCAUCACUAUUACCACACGCCCAGUGACCUGUCAGAUCUGAGUUUCUUUUCAUUUUUACCAGGGGAAAAUCAUCAGCAUUACAACAUGGUAAUGGCAGCAGCAGCCGCAGCAUCCGCCUCCGCAUCAACGUCAGAAGAUCACGAGCUCCUCCGCUUCUUGCCCUAUAACUCCUCACAGCUGUACCUGGAGCAAGCAGGCAUGGCGCCAGGCAGUUCACUGGCACCACCCAAUGGUAGUGCGGGCAGCAAUAGCAGCCUGCGGGACAGCCACGGGCACAGCAGUGUGUCCCGUUCACGGUCAGACACGGCUGCUUCAGUCAUAUACGGCUCCAUCCCCGACGUCAUCUCACUCGACUGAGCACGUAGGCACAGGAACCCAAAGACUGGAAAGACGCACUCUCGGCACCAUCCACGGGAGACGAGAGGAACCUGGUGCACUUCAGGAGGAUUUGAGGCAGAAGGAAAAGAGGAGUGGAGAGAAAGGAAAAAAAAAGAGGACAAAUACCUUUGUUAAAAAUAAAGAGAAAGAAAACGCUGUACAGAGAAGAAAUAUCUAUUUUCAGUUUUACUUUUGUAUAUAAACAAUAGGACGCUGCCUGCCCAGUGAGUGACUUCAGUUCAUAUUUUUUGUGUGAAUACUGAAGGUGUUUUUUUCCACUUCUCCAUGUGCUGUCCCUUGACUUAAACUUCUUCUUCUUCUUCUGUAUCUUUUUAUACUCCUUUUUGCUAUUUUAUUUCACCUCAAACACUUUCAGUCCCAGUCAUUUUGAUCUUUUUGAGGGGUCAGUAUGUUAUUUAAUGACACUUUGUUGUGCAGGUAAUUUAUGAUGCUUUUAAGUUAUGUAGUUUGUAUGCUGUAUAAAAGCAUUUCCUGAUGCCAUUACAGGAUCUAGCCAUGAGGCACGCUCAGAACGGCAGACACCUCUUAUUCCAGCUUUGCAUUUACCUCCAUCUAGCUCUCAAUAAAGGAUGCGAAAGAAA